UUAUGGCUACCGCCUGGAGAGAAAGAAAUCCUGCUUCAAGAGUAAGUGCCGCAAAAGAAGCACUAAUUCUUAAUCCAGAAUGUGCCCCAGCUCUUCUGUUAUUGGCUGAAAAAGACGCUUCCAUCACCAUCUCUGAAGCCGAACAGCUCUUGAAACAAGCGUUGAAAGCUGCUGAAGCAUCGUAUCGUAAAUCUCAGCAGAACCAACACCAAGGAUCUUUGGCGGAGGGAUUACAUCGGCGGGAUACCAACGUUUUGAUUUGUGUAAAACGACGCCUUGCGAUGUGUGCAAGGAAGCUAGGCAAAUUGAAGGAAGCCGUGAAAAUGUUUCGCGAUUUAACCAAGGAAGUUACACCUAUUCCCACAUAG